CGAUGAAGUCGUCUGAGGAUCUGUUUUCAUAUCCAUUUCUUCCUCUCUUUCGUCUGGUUCCUUUCUCUCGUCUGCCUCGCUGUAUAUAUCCCUGAGGCUUGUACUUCUCGAGUUGUACGUCUGGAGUUUCACAUCUGCAUGGCAAAGGAGUUCCGCGUUGGGCGUUUUUAUAAAAAGGCUGGCGUUUUCCGGGAGUUCAAAAUUCUUCCUUUUCUUUUUCUCCUUCCUCUAUUCUCUUUUCCUUCGCUCCUCUGGAGAGGAGAAGCUGCCGAGCUUGUUUUCUGUAUCAAUAGCAUCUGCUUUCUAGGGUUGGGGCUUUGAAUCUCUC